AGCGGGUUCCCCUUGUGGUGCCUCAGCCCAGGAUGGUUUAAUACACAUCGCCUACUGUACGGGAUUAGAAGGUAAUCCCGCACUCACAAUGUGCAUGCGCAAAUUGAAGUGCGUGCGAAGGAAGAGGGACAGCUCGGUGUUAAAUCAAACAACAAAAACUGCGUUCACUCUCCAAAUCUCCUCUGUGAUAAAUGGCGAUGGUGAUUUAAACGAGCCCAGAAGGACUUAACAGCCACCCAAUCCUCUUCACAACGCACCACUCUGGACCGACCUGUACAUUUAAUCAGAGCACGACAUUCACCACAUCCUCAUUAAGGAUGCAGAGGUGCACAUAAUAAUGCUGUCUCCUCUCAUUGCUGGGUGUCCACCCAUACUGGCUCAUGGACAGCAAGUGUUCGCUUGACAUGUCAGAGUCUCUAUCAGGGACACGAUGUCUAAAUGUGAGCUGAUUGAGCUGAAGGACCUAAGUGUAAAUGAUCCCAUUGAGCUGGCUGCUCCUGCUGCCCGCACAGCCCCGCCGCCUGCAAACCCAGCUCAGCCGAGCCCCUUCCAUGUCGUCCGUCUGCUCGGAGACAGCGUCAGAAUCGAGGCACCCUGGUGUCAGACAGGAGAUGCUGGAGCGGGUCAUGACUUCCAGCCCUACAGUCACACCCAUCUCACCUGGUGUGACCUGUGUGGAGAAUUCAUCUGGGGUGUUUACAAGCAAAGUUUACGCUGCGCCAACUGCAGUUACACUUGUCACUACCGCUGCCGACCAUUCAUCCAGCUGGACUGCAGCACAGAUGAAAGUUUGUUAACAGACGAGGAAGAUUUCUCUGUUGACUCCCUCGAGACGGACACAAAUGUGGAUGAACAGAUCGAUUGGGGUAAACAGAAGUUGACUGUCUGUGAGAUUCAACAUAAGGUUAAAGAGUAUAAUGCACAGAUCAACAGCAACCUCUACAUGGUAGUUAAUAAAGAUGGGUCCUACACUGGUUUCAUCAAGGUCCACUUUCAGUUAGUCCGUCCCGUCUCCCUGCCUCCCUCUCAUAGCCUGUGCUCCACACAGGAGGAAGAUCAGCAGGGCAGACUUAUGAAGCGGCGGACAUCCUUCUACCUCCCCAAAGACACUGCCAAGCACCUGCAUAUAAGUUCCCAAACACAUGUGCGAGAAGUCAUUGAGGCAUUGCUCAAUAAGUUCACCGUGGUGGACAACCCGGCCAAGUUCGCCCUGUUUGAACGCGCUGAGAGACAAAGUCAAGUGUACAUGCGUAAACUGCCUGAUGAUGAGUUCCCCCUCUACCUGCGCUUGUGUGCUGGCCCCAGUGAAAAAGUCUUGAGUCUGGUUUUGAAAGAGAAUGAAACAGGGGAAGUAAAUUGGGAUGCAUUCAGCUUUCCUGAGUUGUGCAACUUUCUGCGAAUCCUGAAGCGCGAGGAAGAAGAGCAUGUCCGGCAGAUUGUGAAGCGCUACAGUCUUGCUAGAGACACCAUGAAGCAGGCCGUGGCACGGAUCACUACUCCUGGUUGACGUUGAUUCAAUUGAGCUUCAUAUUUAAACAUCAAGAAGAACGUUCGGCCACUUUGUUGAUUACCAAUAUAAAAGGGAAGAAAAGAGCUCAGACAAUGGCAUUGUUUUGAAUACAUGUUCAUGAAGCACUGCUGUUACAUUUAAUGUGAUCUACAUAAAGGCUUAGGCCCUGCUAACUUUUGAACUGAAUGGAGGAAACAGUAGAUUAUCUUGGACUUAAUUGGAUGCAGUUCUUUCUUGAAAAACCAAGCUGCUUUUCUGGAUUAUUUAUAGUGGUACUAAAAACACAAGUUUAGUCUUUUCUGUGGUCAUUUAUAUUUAUAUGUGAUAUUGAUAUUUAGUUUCUAUUAUAUUCUGUGAAGAUGUUUUAAAAUUUCUGGCACUUUAAUGAACAUGUGAGAUGGAUUUGAGCAAGUUAAAAAUAUGAAACGAUGUGUUUAUACGUUAUAACAAUCUAAUAAACUU